AUGAAAGGUACUCUACUCGUAGCAACUUCUCAGGAUGCAAAUUUUCAAAUAUUUCCACUCGCAUGGGGAGUAGUUGAUUCGGAAAAUGAUGAAUCCUGGACUUGGUUCUUUCAGAAGUUGCGGUUAAUAACAUGUGAUACGGAUGACCUUGUGAUUAUAUCUGACCGUGCAAAGGCAGCGUCAGAGGCUUAUACUGUAACCGAAUUUGAGUUCUACAUGGCAGCUCUAUGCAGUAAAAAGGAGGGCAUCAAAGAGUACCUAUUAGAAGAAGAUUUUCAAUGUUGGGCUAGAGCGCAUUUUACCGGGAUACGUUACAAUAUCAUGACUACAAAUAAUGCGGAAUCUAUAAAUGAAAAAUGUGUUACCCAACUCACGCCAGCAUUAGAGAAAAAGAUGUGCAUGACAUAUAAUGAGUCAAAUGGGUUGGAGGUAAAUCAGGUUUCUCCGGACAUUUAUCAAGUUGGUGACAAUUUAGAACACCACUUUGUGGAUUUUUACGAAAUGACAUGUACGUGUAGAAGAUUUGAUUUGGAUAAGUUUCCAUGUGCGCAUGCAAUUGCUGCAGCAAGAUUUAAAGGAGACGAGGGCUAUAAAUUAAGUACCCCCUUUUACACUAGUAUUUGUUGGAAGCAAACUUAUUCUAAAUUCGUAUAUCCUUUGUCAAACGAGGUCGAAUGGCAAAUUCCUAAGAAUGUGAUAGCCAGAGAAGUAUUUCCACCAUUGGUACGAAGACAGGGCGGACGACCAUCAAAAAAGAGGAAAAGGUCGGCCGGAGAGACGCGUGUGGCUCGGAAUGCAAACUACGUUCAUGUCGUUACAGUAGACAUGAAUGUCGUUUCAGUUCAAAAAUUGUACAGAUUAACAGAACGAAACGACAUUGAUAUUGUUCUAGCGUAA